GUGGUUGAAUCCCUUAUUUAUUAUUGGCCAUAAACGGAAGCUUGAAGAAGAUGAUAUGUAUAAAGUGCUGCCAGAAGAUUCCUCAGAGAAGCUUGGAGAGGAAUUGCAGUGGUACUGGGAUAAAGAGGUGCAAAAAGCAAAAAAGAGAGGAAAAACACCACAUUUAACAAAAGCCAUUAUUCUUUGUUACUGGAAAUCCUAUUUAGUGUUUGGAAUUUUCACAAUGAUUGAGGAAACCCUCAAAAUAAUCCAGCCAAUAUUUUUGGGGAAAAUUAUUAAUUAUUUUGAAAACUAUGAUUCCUCAGAUGAGGUAGCUUUGAGUUUCGCAUAUUGCUACGCAGCUGCUCUGUCUGUGUGCACGCUUAUUCUAGCUAUAAUGCACCACUUAUACUUCUAUCAUGUACAGCGGGCUGGCAUGAAGCUGAGGGUAGCUAUGUGUCAUAUGAUUUAUCGGAAGGCACUUCGUCUAAGUAACGUUGCUAUGGCAAAAACUACCACUGGUCAAAUAGUAAAUCUGCUGUCAAAUGAUGUGAACAAAUUUGAUCAGGUAACAAUUUUUUUGCACUUCUUGUGGGCUGGACCAAUUCAGGCUGUAGCAGUAACAGUGCUUCUCUGGAUGGAGAUAGGCCCGUCAUGUCUUGCAGGAAUGGCCGUUCUGAUAAUUCUUCUUCCUGUCCAGACCUGCAUUGGGAGGCUUUUUUCUUCCCUAAGAAGCAAGACAGCUGCCUUAACAGACGUCAGGAUAAGGACCAUGAAUGAAGUCAUAAGUGGUAUGAAGAUUAUAAAGAUGUAUGCGUGGGAAAAAUCAUUUGCGGAACUUGUGAAUGGUUUAAGAAGGAAGGAGAUUGCCAUGGUUAUGAAAAGCUCCUACCUUCGAGGACUGAACUUAGCCUCUUUCUUUGUGGCAAGCAAAAUAACAGUGUUCAUGACUUUCAUGGCAUAUGUGCUACUUGGCAAUGUUAUCUCUGCAAGUCGGGUGUUUGUUGCGGUGUCCCUGUACGGUGCAGUAAGACUGACGGUAACUCUGUUCUUCCCUGCGGCUGUUGAGAGAGUAUCCGAGGCGGUGGUUAGCAUACGACGAAUCAAGAACUUUCUCAUACUCGAUGAGGUCUCGCACUUUAAGCCACAACUGCAUGGUCCUAAUGAGAAUGUCAUUCUUCAUGUUCAGGAUUUGACUUGCUAUUGGGAUAAGAGUUUAGAAAGCCCAGCACUUCAACAACUUUCAUUUACUGUCAGACGAGGGGAAUUACUGGCUGUGAUUGGUCCUGUAGGAGCUGGAAAAUCUUCGCUCUUAAGUGCUGUACUUGGUGAGCUGCCUAAAGACAAAGGUUUGAUAAAUGUUACUGGAAGAAUUGCCUAUGUUUCUCAGCAGCCUUGGGUGUUUUCUGGCACAGUGAGAAGUAAUAUACUGUUUGACAAGGAAUAUGAGAAAGAAAAGUACGAAAAAGUUUUAAAAGUCUGUGCUCUUAAAAAGGACUUGGAAUUAUUGGCAGAUGGUGACCUAACAGUAAUAGGAGAUCGUGGAGCUACGCUGAGUGGGGGACAGAAGGCCCGUGUAAAUCUGGCCAGAGCUGUGUAUCAGGAUGCAGAUAUCUAUCUUUUGGAUGAUCCAUUGAGUGCUGUAGACGCUGAAGUUGGAAGACAUUUGUUUGAAAA